CAUUUGUAUUGGUCCAUCAAUUCUUCAUCAUCAUCAUCGUGCGUAUCUAAAACACUCUCUCUUUCUUUGACCAUCGUCGUACCUUCAUCUCUCUCUCAUCAUCACCCUUUGUUCCCUUUUCUCUCUCUCUCUCCUCUCUCUCUCUGCUUUCUUCUUCUUCCUCCCAAAACCAAAACCAAAACAUUCAACAUUCAACAACAACAUCCUUUGACCCCUUUCCCUGUCAUCACUGCCACUGCGAGAGAGAAAGAAAACCAUCUCUCUCUCUCUCUAUAUAUAUAUAUAUAUAUAGAUUCAUUGAUUCAUUCAUUCAUUACCACCACAAAACAAAACAAACACUUAUCUCUUCUUCUUCUUCUUCUUCACCUUCUUCUGCGAUUUCAAUUCAUUCAUUCAUUAUUCAACGGCUGCGAUCUUCUCGUUUCUCCAAUCGUACGGCCAGGGGUCCUUUCUCUGCUACCUCUUUUUUUUUCUCUCUCUCUCUCUCUACGUAGAAAGUAGCUUCUCCAGAACAAUAAACAUGGAGUCCAAUGGUCAUAGAAGAGCAAAGAAACAUGACUAUAAUGUUAAAGAAAAUGGUGAUUCCCAUUUGUCAAAUGUUCAUGAUGAAUUUGAUCCAUGGACUGCAUGGGCUUACAAGCCUCGUACAAUCACAUUAUUACUCAUUGGUGCUUGCUUUCUUAUUUGGGCAAGUGGAGCACUUGAUCCGGAAAGAGAUGCAUCCGGUGAUGUUGUUACUUCCGUUAAAAGGGGUGUAUGGGCAAUGAUUGCUGUUUUUCUUGCUUACUGCUUGCUGCAAGCUCCUGAUACGGUUCUUAUUAGGCCACAUCCUGCAAUGUGGCGCAUGGUUCAUGGGAUGGCUGUUGUUUACCUGGUUGCCCUCACAUUCUUGCUUUUUCAGAAGCGUGAUGAUGCUCGGCAGUUUAUGAAGUUUCUUCAUGGUGAUCUUGGAGUUGAACUUCCUGAAAGAUCUUAUGGUGCCGAUUGCCGCAUAUAUCUUCCUGAUAACCCUACGAGCAGGUUUAAGAAUGUUUAUGAGACACUUUUUGAUGAGUUUGUUCUUGCUCACAUUAUUGGGUGGUGGGGGAAGGCCAUAUUGAUUCGUAAUCAGCCCCUUCUUUGGGUGUUAUCAAUUGGUUUUGAGUGUAUGGAGUUUACUUUUCGUCACAUGUUACCAAAUUUCAACGAGUGCUGGUGGGACAGUAUUAUUCUUGACAUCUUCAUCUGCAAUUGGUUUGGAAUUUGGGCAGGAAUGCGUACUGUUCGGUACUUUGAUGGGAAAACAUACAACUGGGUUGGCUUAAGCCGCCAACCUAAUAUAAUGGGAAAAGUGAAACGAACAUUAAGCCAAUUCACCCCCGCUCAGUGGGACAAAGAUGAGUGGCAUCCAUUGCUUGGUCCAUGGCGUUUUGUUCAAGUCCUCAGUCUUUGCACUGUAUUUUUGACAGUAGAGCUCAACACAUUCUUUUUGAAGUUUUCUCUGUGGAUACCGCCACGAAAUUCAGUUGUUAUAUAUAGGUUGAUUUUGUGGUGGCUACUUGCGAUUCCAACUAUUCGCGAGUACAAUUCAUACCUUCAAGAUAGGACGCCAGUGAAAAAGGUUGGAGCAUAUUGUUGGUUGUCCCUUGCCAUUUGCAUUGUAGAACUUCUGAUUUGCAUAAAGUUUGGACAUGGGUUGUAUCCUAAGCCAAUGCCUUUAUGGCUAGUAAUCUUUUGGUCAUCUAUAGGAGUGGCUAUUUUUACAUUUUUGGUUUUGUGGUCUUGGCAAAUCCAUCGGAGUCUUGGGAAAAAGAGGCGAUGAGUUCCUGUUGUUGUGGUGCAUUAUUCUUUCAUUCCUUGUUAAUUUUUAUGGGUAUUCAUAGUAGCCAUACAUGGUGUAAAUACUAUUAUCAACCUCAUAAUUGUAAAUGCCUACGUGAUGAGUCUUCUAGGGUAGUGGAUCAAAGGUUGUUUCAGCGGCAAUUUUAAUUUCUUACUAUUUGAAUAGGUUUCUUCCAUUAUUAGUAAAUUGGUCAAUUUCAUUGCCUUGAAUGAAAUUUUGAAUGAAAUCACGUGUAUACAUUGAUUUUCUGCAA